AUGCCAGUAUUUUGGAAACAAUUCAAUAAUAACCAAAAAAGUUUUUCUAGUGAUUCUUUACCACUACCGUCGUCUACAAUUAAUAAAUCCCCAAUAAAAGAAAAUGAGAAUAAUAAUAUAUUUGAUUCUAGUUUCUCCCAAAUACCUAUAGAAAGUCCAAUACCUAUAUCGAGUGUUGAUAAGAACUAUCUUUCUCCCCCAACUACUCUGCCUGCUAGAAGACCACCUUUGGCUUUGAAAUUUGGCUCAAAUAAUAAUGUUCCUACAACACCACCAAGUAUAAAUACUUCAAAGCAACAAGAAGAGCAAAAUAAAUAUAGAUCGUAUAGAGAUAAUUUUAUUUCAAACCGUAAUGGGUUUACAGGUGGAGUAUUUGGUGUUUCAUUAUCACAAUCUUUGAGUGUCGCUAGUGCAGAAGUUAUCGUACAGUCAGAGCUUGUUAAUUUUGGUAGAAUUCCUAUUGUUGUGGCUAAAUGUGGUGCUUAUUUAAAAGCUAAUGCUCUGGAUACCCCCGGUAUUUUUAGAAUUGCUGGUAAUAGUAAAAGAGUCAAAGAAUUACAAUAUAUAUUUUCAAGGCCGCCUGAUUAUGGUACAAAAUUUAAUCAAUGGGAACCGUAUACUGUUCACGAUGUUGCUUCACUCCUGAGAAGAUAUUUAAAUAAUUUGGAAGAACCACUUAUACCAUUAGAUCUUUAUGACGAUUUUAGGUCACCUUUACAAGAUAGGCCGCGAAUUUUGAGGCAUAUGAUGAAAAAAAAUAAAUCAGAUAUGUCUAAGAAUUCAUCUACAGUAAACCAUACUCUAAAUGCGCAUAGUUCAAAAUCUAAAUCUAUUCACAGCUCAUCAGCAAUAUCACCAGCUGGGCAGCCAUCUGAUCUUAAUCAGAACAGUAAUAAUGCUAAAAAUCAGAAUCUCAGUAAUUCAACAGUCCAAAGCCAUAUAAAUCACCAUAAUAAUGAAUCUACUGAUAAAAAGGAGCCUGCUAUUCAUCGUUUAGAACUUAAAGAUGUGCCAAUAAUUACUAUGACUGACAAGCCACAUGGUGAACCAAAAGAAAUAUUACCUGCUCAUUCAAAGCCCAUGAGAGUUAAAAAUUCUAGCGGGUCUGGUCUUUCAAUAACUUCAACUGAGGCAACAAUCUCCACUGAGGCAGCAAGUAAUCAACAAGCAUUAUCAUCAAGCAUGAAUGAAUUAUCUAGCACUUCUCCAACUGAAAAUAUGCCACCUUAUACUGAUGACAGAGAAAACGAUGGUGAUGAGGAAGAGGAUGAUGCACUACUUAAGGAAAGAAAAGGAAAAAGGACACAUAAGAAAAAGAAACUAACGAGAGAUGUUAAGGCAGCCAUUAAGGAUUACGAGGCAUUAUUUGUAUCAUUAUCUAACGACACUAAGCAAUUAACAAUUUAUUUGUUAGAUUUACUAAGCUUAUUUUCAAGACAGUCUCAAUUCAAUUUAAUGCCAGGCAGCAAUCUGGCAGCUAUUUUUCAGCCAUCCUUUCUAUUUCAUCCACAGCAUGAUAUGGAUCCCAAAGAAUAUGAACUUUCCAGAUUGGUAGUGGAAUUUCUGAUAGAAUAUUCUUAUAAGCUACUUCCACAUCUUUUGAAACUUGCUAAAGAAGAACAACUGAAAACCCAGGAGACUGAUAGAAAGAUAUCAGCCUCUUCUAACAUAGCUACUUCAACAAAUAUUAACGCAGAAGAACGGCCUGAAUCAUUCACUCGUGUUGAUCCCUCUGGUAGUCCUUCUAAGGUACUAAAUAGCAAUGAUUCACCAAAUAGAGUAAUUAAAAAUAUAAUAAAAGAUGAUCCAGUUUCCGGUAGAACAUCACCAAUUCAGGCUAUAAAUAUUCCUAGAACAAUGUCUCCUGCUCGUAUUACGCGUACAGAUUCUCCCUUAUCAAUUUCAAGUUCAUCGUUAAAGAAUGGUGAAAAACAGAAUUUAUUAGCAUUCCCAUCGGAUAUACCAGGCAUUGUCCAACCUUCUUCAGUUAAAGAAAAUGCUGCAAAUAAUAUAUCACUGACAAAUCUAUCUCAGUCAAUUCCAAAGAAAUUUAUAUCUCCAAAAAAACCCAUCAAAACUAGGCCACAUUCCAGAUCAAUAGGCUCUGUUCCAAACCCUCCAGAUGUGAUCACAAGUAAUAAGAGAAGGUCAAAAUUAUUCCCAUGGCUUCAUAAGCCUGGCAUAUUAAGUGACUCUGGUGAUUUAAGUGUAACUGAAGAGGAAGGAGAAGAUCUAUAUGAUGAUGAAAAUGAAAAUGAAAAUGAAGUUGCAUCUUUAUCACCUUCAACACCUACCCAUGAUAUUUCCACUGGAUUGCAAUACUUACCUGUCCAAGGUAUGAAUCGUUCAUUAAGCAGCAAUAGUGCUAAUUUUACAUUCAACGGUAGACCAAAGGCUACUGUGAUAAAGCCUAGCGUUGGUACUACCGAAACUUCGAUUUCUGCAGACUCUGCCAUUAAAACAGCAUUAUUAGAAGGACCUGAGAAUGGUCAUACUAGAUCUAGAUCGUUUUCUGGCAGUGAAAAUCCAACUUAUAUGAAGUCAGCAAAGGAUAGCAAGCAGAAGAAGCGUGAAUCAUGGUUUCAAAGAUUACGCAGCCCUUCACGGCCUGUCAAGAAAUGA